CAGCUGUCAAAUAUGUUCUGCACUGAGAGAGACGGGAUUGGCUGUUACCAUAGUGAUCGUGUCAGUGUGCAUGAGGUGAGAGUAGGAUGCAAUUGUACGGAAGCCUCUGAAGUUCAGACAGACAGUGUUAAGUUACAUAACGCGUUUGAAGACAUGGCUGAGGUGGAAAGCUCUUCGGGAGAAGAAUCGCAGGCUACUUAUUAUACGUUAGAAGAGGUGAAGAAGCAUAAUGCGUCAAAGGACAUAUGGUUAGUCAUACACGGCCGAGUGUAUGAUAUUACUAGCUUCGUAGAGGAGCACCCAGGCGGGGAGGAAGUUCUUUUUGAACAGGCAGGAUAUGAUGCCACAGAAAGCUUUGAAGAUGUGGGCCACUCUAUUGAUGCUCGGGAAAUGCUGAAACAGUACUACAUUGGAGACUUGCAUCCAGAUGACUGCAAAAAAACUAAAUACAAAGGAUGCUCUGAUCACGACCUCUUCCAGUUCAGCAAGCUCUCUCUCAAACUGGCUUAUCCCUGCAGUUGCGGUGCUGGUUCUUGCUUUUAUGUAUCGCUUUUACACUGCAGACAGCCGAUCCUCUUGAGAACAAGGUAUCUUUCUGGGGCUGCAACCUGCAAGUGUCUUCACACUCAAUGAAAAUGAGCAGGAUUCACACACAAAACAUAGGGGCAUUUCUUUCCAUGCCUCUGCCACAGAAACGCACAACUUCUGAUGGGAAUCUUCUCAUUUUAUCUUUUGUGACCAAGUCCUUUUAUCCAUGCCAUGAGCAUAUUGCUGUUUUAUCUACAUAUACUCUUAUGGGACUAUUUAAUAGAACAUCACUGCUGAAAUGUGUCAAGAAGCAUGUCUUAUGUCAUCUUUUUAUAACCUUCUACUUAUUAUUUUAUCAUUCACCUUUAAGAUGGAGAAUACGGAUUAUUUCCAUAAUUGUUUUGCUUGGAAAAAAAGCUUUGUCCCUGUGUCUGGUGGAUAGACGUGGUUUAAUCAACUAAGUAAAAAUUGUACAGUGUUUUAAGCCCAA